AUGGACGACCCAACACACGUCGCGCAGCCCCCUCAGAAGCGUUCACUGGAAGAAGAUGAACCUGCCGUCGCAACUCCUGUCAAACAAAUCCGUUCAGAAGCCUCUUCACCUCUCUCGGACCUAUCCAUGCAGACACCAUCGCCUCAGAAGGCGAACGAUCCCAAUUCGACCGCACCCGCCAACGGCCAGACUCCUUCCUCUAUUCCAACGCCGAGCAGCGCACAACAACCGACUAAGCGGCGGAAACUGACUUCACAAGAGAAAGAAGCGCAGCGGCUUGAAAAAGAGGCAAAAGCAAAGGCUCGGGAGGAGAAGAGGGCGCAAAAAGAGGCUGACGAGAGGCUCAAGGCAGAGCAAAAGGCACAGAGGGACGAGGAGAAGCGGAGGAAGAACGGGGAACAGGAUGAGAAGAAGCGCCUCAAGGAAGAGAAGCAGCAGCGGCUGGAAGAACAGAAGGCAAAGAAGGCACGGUCCCAGAUGAAGCUGAAUGCUUUCUUCGUGAAGCCACAGGCGGGAUCCAGCUCAGGACAGGCAGUGGUAGCUUCUUCCCAGAACCCUGCUGCCUCACCCAUAUCCUUGCCCAGCAGAACUGGAGCCAAUACUAAUCUGACCCCUCCAUCUCCGCAGAAAGCCAUCGUUAAGAACGCACAGUCCGAUUACGAACGGUACUUCCUGCCAUUCAACGUUCCUCCACAUACCAUCCUAGCGCCGAAGAAUACCUUACUAGAGGAUCCCAAGCGGAUGGAAGCUGCAAGGGCGCGACUAGAGAAAAUAGUCACAAAGCAAGACACUCAAUCGGAGCGUGUCACGCCAGCAAAUCCAGCGUCAAUCUUUCCACAAUGCCGUCGGGGUCAGAAGACGGCAACGAUCGCAGAAAUCGUAGAAGUCUUCAACAGCUCGUCGGAUGACCCCAUUGAUCUAACUGCUGAAAAGAACAAGGCGUCAAGAAAUCCCUUAGAGAUGCUGAAGGAGAUUCCAAUGAAGUAUAUCCACUUUUGUACGGACGUCCGGCCGCCAUUCUACGGUACAUACACCAGACCAUACCCGGAUGCCGAAGCUUCUCGGCUUGCGCGUAAUCCUCUUUCUCAGACCCGACCAGAUACCGAUUACAACUACGACUCUGAAGCUGAAUGGGAUGAGCCCGAGGAAGGCGAAGACCUGGACUCUGAUGGUGAAGACGACAACGAAGACGAUGCGGAAGACGACCUGGAUGGCUUCCUUGAUGAUGAUGAUGAUCCACAAGUCAAACGACGCCUUAUCAGUGGUGAUCUGGUCCCUGUCAGUACUGGUCUGUGUUGGGAGGAUGUAGACAGAGUGUCCAAGCUAAAUGAUGGCUCCGACGCCAUCUGCACCGACUUCAAAGGCUUCACUAUGGGUUUUCUGUUGGAUCCCCAAGUGCGAUCAAUCGACCCAUUUUCCACAUCAUACUGGGACACGGAACCUGCAGCUGCAGCAACUAUUGCUACCGUCGCAAAGAAAGACGGUUCUACAAGUGGUGUCAUGAACCCUCCCCGAGCACCACUCACUCAACGCACGAUGAAUGGCAUGCUAAACACACUGAACGCACCUCAAAACGCACCUGUCACCACACCAGGCAAGCCCGCAAAAGCCAAACGUAUGGUACCCCCUGAGCAGCUUCCAGCUUUCAAGGCUGAAGUUGAAGGAAAGGACUUGACCAAGAUUGGCAUGGUCGAGGCUUUGAAGAAGGUAUUCCCCAAGUUGCCAAAGGAUGCCAUUACCAAUACCCUGAGUGUUGUCGCUGCAAGGGUAGGUCCUACCGAAAAAGAGAAACGCUGGGUCAUCAUUAAUACCUGA